AAAUUUGACGAACAAAAAGACACUGUAGUAGUAAUCCCGGGUGAAGCCACAGAUUGAGAUUUCCCUUCUUUGUCUCUUCCUGCACGUUAUCAAAUUUCAUUUUACCUUUUUUUUCUCUCUUCACAUAUCUAAUACUCUUCUCUUCAGAUUCUGACAGUACUGUGGUGCCCAUUUUUUUUUCUUUUCUAUUUUUGUUUUUCUUUCUUUUACUUAUCUUAUUAAUAUUUGACAUUUCCCAUUCGGUUUUCCUCUUCUCUUCUCCUUCCCAUGUUUUUUUCUUCCACCGACCGCCAGUUUUCGCUGACAUCACUGACUUCAAGUCACAACAACAACCGCGACAUGUUUUCGAGGGGCAGAAGGAGUGACAUCAGUGGCCAUGGCAACACAAACGUGGCUGAAUUGGAAUUAAGGCCAGGGGGAAUGGUUGUGCAGAAACGUGACUCGGAUGUCAAUCAAAAUUCUACAUCGAAAUCCACCAUCAAAGUCAAUGUAAAGUAUGGCUCAUCCUAUCACCAAAUUCAAAUCAGCUCUCAUGCAAGUUUUGGGGAACUGAAGAAAAUGUUGACAGAACCAACGGGAUUGCAUGUUCAGGAUCAGAAGUUGAUUUUCAAGAAAAAAGAGAGAAACUCGAAGUCAUAUCUUGACGUUGCAAGAGUCAAAGAUGGGUCAAAAUUGGUGCUGCUUGUUGAUUUUGAGAGUAGAGAACGAAGGAUACUCGAGACAUUAAAAAUUGCUAAGAGGGAGAAGACUUCAAAAUCUUUGGCAGAAAUAAAGGUGGAAGUUGAUAAACUCGCUGAGAAGGUUGCAACUUUGGAGGCUGCUGCUUCCGAAGGUGGGGCUAUAGUAGAGUUAGAUAUUGAAACUCUGACCGAAAAUUUGAUGAGAACAUUGAUUACAUUGGAUGAAAUAUUCGGAGAAGGUGAACUGAAAUUGCAGAGAAGAGAACAGGUCAGGAGAGUUCAGAAACACAUUGAGACUUUAGAUAUGUUGAUGGCAAAGGCAAAAUCCGUUUCCCUAAAGAAUGAAGUAAACAUGGCACGUGAGAGCAAGGUGCAUUCUGGCGAUCACGUGCGAGGGAGGAGGGGAAAUAGUGCAGCAGAGCGAAAUCAUAAGAAGCAGCAACCAUUAAAACAUUUUGACUCGGUUGUGAUGACAACAAAAUGGGAAACUUUUGAUUAAGGCUUUUAGAAUGACAACGAAAAUGCUUCACACCGAUUUAGAAUGCAUUCAGGGUGUUGUCUAGUUAUGGGCUGCUUUUGCCUUAUAAGAAAUUAUUUAUUUUUCCUCA